AUGUUCCGCAAAUUCGACAAAUGGACAGCUGCUUGCCUCUGGGCAAGCGUUGCGCUCUACCUCGCCUUCGCAGGCACCGCAGUACACGUGGCCUUGACUUGGGAACCAGGGCCGAUCAGUUUCCUUCUUAUGUUGGGGAGCUUGGGUGAGGGUUUCCAUGCUUUCCUUCAGAGUGCAGUCGUCGUGUGCCGGGGCCGUUCCCCUGGUCGCCGACGGCAUCGUAUCAAACCCGCCUCCUUUCGCUUAGCCGGGGCACAGUGCAAGUGGAAGAGGCGACAGUUGCGAAGAUUGAUCAGGCCCUGGGGCCCAGGUGUUCCGAUCCCCAGGCCCUCGUUGGAUGCAGUUCUUCAAAGGCACAUCAACACGCUGUGUGCUUUUGCCGCCCAGUGGAAGGCGGGUCGCAGAUUCAAGUGGAAUCGGCACCGUUGCAGGCGCCGCUGGAGAAAACGUCCAAAGCUUCUCUGGUUGGUAUCACAGCCAGCCAUAAGGAGACGCCAGCCUCAGGACACACUCGACCGUGAAUUUGAUCGUGAUCAUCAAGGUGGGACCGCAGGCUCAUGUUGUAGGAAUCACGAUCUUUGUUGUGCUGAGCGGGACCGGACCCAAGCACCGAGAACAGUUACGAAGAGCCCUGGAGGCAACAAGAUUGGUUUGCAAAAUGUUCAGAAAAGAAGAAUCAAGAGCCAGGGAGCCGACGAAGAGGCCAAAGGCCCCGAUGGUAGCGCGCAGUGCCAUGGGCCCCUUGGGCCUCCCCUGAUCCCUGCCUCCUCUCCGUGCCGUUGCCAUGGUGAUGAGGCGCCAGUCUCCGCUGCGGAGGUCGAUGGCAAACCUCAGGAUUGCCGGUGCUCACUGCCUUUGCUUCGGGGUGGCAAGGGCAAGCAAAAGCAACAGGGGCAAGAACAUAAGGAUCUGAUUGCACAGUUGGCCGUCUUGUUGGCCAACAAUCCAGGCAAUUUGCUUCAGGAACUCAAGAGCUUGGUGCAGAAAGCCACCAAGCAGCCCAGUGAUGCUGUCACCAAGGCACCGUGGCGCCGACAGCGUUUCAGCAAUCGCGAAGCUUAUCGUACCGAGGACUGGAAUCCCAAAGAGUCUUGGGCCCAGGCCUCCACGAAUGCAGGCCGCGCCAACUCUCGCUGGGGACGCUGGUCUGAAUGGUCCACUGUUCAGUGGCAGAUUCGCAAGGAAGAUUGGGAGGCGGGGCAAGACCCGCUGUACUUUGCCUCGUCGCCUGACGAGCUCGCGAGGCAGCUUGAUGAUCAGGACGACGGUGCCUGGUUGGUCCAGGUUCCAUCUGUCGAUCAGGCCGUGGAUGUCAUGCACCUUAUAGGCGGCAGUCUUCAGGGUCGCGUCACGGUCGUCUUGACCGAUGCACAGUGUAUGACCGUCGCGGAUUUCCCACAGCAACUGCAGGAUUUUGCCCCGGGUGCCACCCGGACUAAGGUUUCAGGAAAGCUGGGUACACAGAUUCAGUGCAGGACUUGUUGGGUCUUGACGCUCGGUGAGAAUCCUCCCAGCCUUAGGGCCAAGAAAGCAACACCCUUCAAAGUCCCGGCCCGAGCCAAUGACCAUUCACAUGUCCUCAGGGUCUCGUUUCAGUGGCGUUUUGCACCAAAGGCUUGGGAGCAAGUGCGCAAGAGGCCGGGCGACAUGUUUCGCAAGUGGCUGGGAGCCGUCGCUCCGGGCGCUUUGGAGGAGAUGAAGAUCGCCUACCCCACGCUGCUGUUCGACCGCAACAUCAUCGAUGGCCGCGGCAUGAUGUGCUCCUUCCUCACCCUGGCCAUCGGCAACAACCAGGGUCGCGAGCUGAGUCGGUAUGGGCGAUGUCGAGUACGGCAAGAUCUACGACUUCUACCUGCCCCCGUCCUGCGCCUGUAUGACGGGCCCGCCGUGAACGUGGAGGACAUGUGGCGCAUCCUUGGCAAGGGCACCAGCAACGGUGGUCUCGUGGUGGGCACCAUCAUCAAGCCCAAGCUCGGCCUGCAGCCCAAGCCCUUCGGCGAGGCCUGCUACGCAUUCUGGCAGGGCGGUGACUUCAUCAAGAACGAUGAGCCGCAGCGCAACCAGGUGUUCUGCCAGAUGAGACCGGUGUUGGGCAAGCUGUUCUCGGCCAACAUCACAGCGGACGAUCCAAACGAGAUGAUCGCCCGCGGCAAGUACUGCCUGUCCCAGUUCGGACCUUUGUCCGAGAACUGCGCAUUCUUGGUGGAUGGAUACGUCGCAGGAGGCACCGCCGUGACCUGCGCACGCCGCAACUUCCCCAAGCAGUUCUUGCACUACCACCGAGCCGGACACGGAUCCGUGACCAGCCCCCAGACCCAGCGCGGCUACACCGCCUUCGUGCACACGAAGAUCUCCCGAGUUAUCGGUGCGUCCGGCAUCCACACCGGCACCAUGAGCUUCGGCAAGAUGGAGGGCGAUGCUUCUGACAAGAACAUCGCCUUCAUGCUCCAGGACGAUGAGGCCGAUGGCCCCUACUAUCGCCAGGAGUGGGAGGGCAUGAAGCAGACCACUCCCAUCAUUUCCGGCGGCAUGAAUGCCCUGCGCCUGCCAGCGUUCUUCGAGAACUUGGGCCACUCCAACGUGAUCCUCACUGCCGGCGGUGGCUCCUUCGGCCACAAGGAUGGACCCAAGCCUGGUGCCAUCUCCUGCCGACAGGGCGAGGAGGCCUGGAAGGCCUGGAAGGCCGGACAGUACGGCAACAUCAGCCUGAGCGAUGGCGUCAUCGAGUUCGCCAAGACGCACGAGGAGAUCAAGGGUGCCUUCCUCACCUUCCAGAAGGACGCCGACCAGAUCUACCCUGGCUGGAAGGAGAAGCUCGGUUACACCGGCGAGUCCUCCGUGCAGGCGGCCAGCUUCGACUGGGCCAAGAAGGCCUAA